AUGGGGAGCCCCGGGGAGCCCCUGAGCGCGCUGUUCCGCUGGUACAUCUAUGCCAUCCACGGCUACUUCUCGGAGGUGAUGUUCACGGCCACGUGGGACUUCAUCCUGGACCAGGACUGGAGGUUCCGGGGAGUCAGCAGCGUAUGGGCCCUCUUCAUCUACGGGACGUGUGGCUUGGUCCUGGAGCAGCUCUACCUGCGCCUGAAGGCGAUCUGCCGCCUCCCGACCCGCGGCGCCCUCUACACCGCCUGCAUCUACCUCUGGGAGUUUGCCACGGGCUACCUGCUGCGCCACUUCGGCGCCUGCCCCUGGGACUACAGCCACUUCCACUACAACUUCAUGGGCCUGGUCACCCUGGAGUACUGCGUCUUCUGGUUCGUGGGCUCGCUGCUGCUGGAGCAGGUGGUCAUCCGGAACGUGCUGCGACUCAGACUGGACGUGGCCUGGAAGCCCGGCAAUCAUCCGGUCACCAGUUUUGGACUGAAAGAUGACUGA